AUUUUAAUACCUACCUAAUAUUAAUCACCUUUUUUAUCAAAGCUUUAGUCGUAUCAGUUCAAUACAAAUCAAUGAUAAAUAAUCAUAUAAAAGCCCUUCUAAAUUUGAAAGAAACAUAGUCAGUUUGCUGAUACCGGCUUUAACCUCCAUCAUGAAAUACCUGAUCGUACUCGCUGUGAUCGUCGCCGCGGCGUCGGCCGACUACUUGAAGCCCUCGGCCCUCCCCGUGCACGUACAGGAACUCGAGGAGGUGAUCGCCGCCAUCAACAGCCCCAGCACUGACCCCGCCACCGCCGCCGCCCUAGAACAGCUGCUCUUGCAGACCCUCGGCAUCUCAUCUCUCCCCGAGUCUCCCAUCUCCGUCGGCCCUGCCAUCGUCGAGGAGUCUCCCAUCUCCGUGCAACCCGAGUACCCCGUGGCCGUGCAGCCCGAGUCCCCCGCUCUCGUGCCCUCCCCCAUCGUCGACGCCACCCCCGCCGACGUUGCCGCCGCCUCCCCCCUGGUCCAGAUCAUCCUGAACAUCGCCAACUAAGCUCAAAGCACCAGAACCACCAGUCAAAAAUUGCGCUUAUAAAAUGUUCAACAUGAAGGGUAAUUUUUAAAUAAGAUUAAGAUUUAAUGAAUUGUAAUCUAGAAAAUGUUUGAACAUGAGGUACAAUAAAUUUAUUUCUUAACUUAA